AUGGGAAAGUUCCUGAUCAUUGUCACAUCGCGUUUCCACUUUUGGGACCCGACACUGGGGUGCCCCUGGGUGUCGGAUUCACAAUCGCUGCCGGACAGGGCAACAGAGCCGAUUAUCACACCUGCAGUUCUGGCCCUUUAUUCCUCGAUUUUCCGGUCAGAAUUGGACUUGGCACGGACAUUCUUACCAAAAGUGCAGUCCAUCACACCCAAGUGGCCCGGCACCGGCACGCCUUGUCACGAAGCGGCGGCCGCAAGCGAAAGUUGCAACGCAGCAAUCGCAUCCUUCGUCGUUUCUCUCAUGACCUUCCCCGUCCUUCAACGUCCCAUCAUCCUCCGCCGCCACCGUGGAAAAGAUUGA